UGUCACGUGGUUUCUUAAUACUGAGUUAUCUGCCAAAACGUCGUAUUGAAGUUCGUUGAUAUUGGAAAUGUUUACGUGCUUUUUUGCUCUGGUUACAAUGUUCUAUCAUAAUUCGAGAAAGAAGAAUUUUUAAUAAAAUAAUGGCAUUUGUGUCUGUCUUUAAAGUGCAAGACUUUUGUAAGACGAUAAUUAAUGUGUGUAAUAUAAUAAUUCCUGUGACUCUUUUCAUACUAAUUGCGUUUAUUUUGAUCGUAUUUAAAAGUUUCAUUUGGAUACUUAUCGUGUGUUGUCUCUAUAUAACCAGUGUCUUUUAUGGGCUCGUUAUAUUAGAGUAUGUCGGCGUGGCACUCGUGAAUUUAAAUGCAAUAAGCGAUAGUUUUAAUCCAACCUAUGAAAUCAAGGAUCCGUGCAGCGUUUGCAGUAAUAAUAGCUGCAAGAGACAUAAAUUGUUACCACAUUCGACGAAAGUGAAAAUACCGAAGGAUCUUGACCAUGCAUUAGAACAACUUCUGGAAGAUUUAUUGCAGAAAUAUGUUUGCGCAUGGUACUCGGAUUUUUCGACGAACGAAGCGUUCGUACAACAGCUUCGUUUGGCCACAGCUACUGCAACGAAAGAUAUUGCAGUUCGGUUGCUUCGCACAGACGUGUCCAAUGUCGUGUUUUACCAUUUAAUACCUCUAAUAUUGCAACAUGCUCAAGAUUGGAAAACAUUACGCACAAAGAUAAAGGAUUUGUCGGAUACAUCUUGUUUCGGAAAUCAACUGAUCGACCAUUUUGGUCGUGAGAUACAUCCAGCGAGUUACUCGCGUAAGGCAGAGCUGAAUUAUCUGAGAGGAAUUGUAACAGCGUUUAUACCGUAUUUAUUACCUGCCAUCCAUGUGUCUACUAACAACAAGGUUAUACUUCGAGAAAUUUUGGCCAAUUGGAUUUUGCUGCCAGCAAUAGACGCGAUUGCUGAUCCAGACAAUAUAAAUGCGUUAGUCGCGUUAUCAACUCAUCGCGAUGUUCCAAUUUCUAACCAAGUGGACGCAGUUAAUGUACCGAUGUUGCAAUGCUGGAUGACCAUUCCAAUGAUGCCAAAAAACAUGCAGAAUCACCUGAAACCCUCUUUGGAUGAAGUUUUAAAUGAUCCUCGUUUAUUGUACAUGUUUAUGCAACACAUCAAAGAGAAUGGCCCUAUGAAUCUCUUUCAGUUCUGUUUAGACAUUGAUGAUCUAAGCAAGCGUAUGUUAAAUCCAGAAAUGAGUUCGAAUGCAGAAAGUAGUUUGUACACAGAUAUUCAAAAUAUGUAUGCAACAUAUCUGGAUCCUGAAGGCCCAGAAUACUUACAUUUACCAGGAGAUAUAUCCAUGGGCAUAUGUCAAAUUUUAGAAAGAGGUCCAAAGAAAAUUCAGGAAAUGAGGACUUCACGACCAUUUUAUCAAGCACACCAAGAAGCCCAUGCUUUAUUAGAAUCUACUUGCCUACCAUCUUUCCAUCAUAGCUAUCAAUUGUAUGAUUUAUUAUGCGGACAACCAGUUCCAAGUCGAGUUAAGCAGUCACCACGAUUGAGCGUUACUAGUGGAUCCGCAAAUGCAUCCUCAAAGAUUGGAAAUCAUUUUCCGAAGAUUGACGUUUUGAGAUUAUCAACCAUAGACGGGAUGUCAUAUCAAGAUAUAUAUCAAGGCGAGGAAAUAGAUUACCCUUCCCGUUCUUAUAGCGAGAUUAAAUAUUCCGAUGACAGUUCCCACAGGAAUUUAACAACAUGGCGAGUCAAUAUUCCGCACAUUGAAACUGGAGAUAAUCAAACAUUAUAUUAUUAUGUCAUCGCUGUCAAUAAUAUUUCCGAAGGAAAAUCCUGGACUGUGUUACGUCGUGAUCAAGAUUUUUACAUUUUACGAACACGAUUGGCAGAGUUUCAUGGUGACAAAGAAUUGAGCGACUCGCCAUUACCAUCAAGAAAGAAUCCUCAUUCAUCAUGUGCUAUUAAUAAACAACGAUAUGAAGAUUUUCUGGAAAAAUUACUAUCAAAACCAGUGCUCAGGAGUAGCGAGUUGUUGUAUAAUUUCUUGACUGUGCCAAAUUUGAAGCCUUACUUUACAAAUUAUAGCACGCCAGAUAUUGGUAUAUUGUAUCAAAGUAUGGCAUACAAAUUAAGAAAAGAGAAAGGUCAAAAUUUGGACAAGUUUCUGGCAGUGUUUCUGGCCUCGACUAAUAUUAAAAAUGAAUAUACUGAUAUUGGAGUUGAACCAGCGAAUGAAUCAACUGUACAGGAAACGGAGGAAAAAGGACGUCGUGAUCUUGAGUUUGGAGUAUUUGGAAACAAUCUUGAUUUGGAUCUUAAUUUUAGAACUUUACUUUCCCCUUCGUUAGAACGUUCUCACGUUAAGGGUGCUUCUUUCUGUAUUGUAGAUGCUGUGGUGAGGUUACUGAAAGUUCCAUCGAUGAUUGAUCGAGUUCUAUGGAUGAUUGCUUCAUCAUCGCGUGCGAAAAUAGAUCCAUAUGUCAACGUUCUACUCUACAACGCUUUAGCAAAACUUCUAAGCGGUGGUCGUGCAGCGACCGUGGUAAAACUUCUGCACACAAAGGUAUUGUGUGAGAAGAAGGAUUCAUCUCAAGUGAAUCGCCGGAAUUACUAUGAAAUCGCAAAAACAGGAUUGUAUGGUUUGUUGCCUUAUUGGUUAAUGGUAUUUUAUAAGCCAUGGAUUGAAAUAAUGGAUUCAAUUUUGGACUCCUUACAAAAUGCACCGCUUAAUAAGCAUCUGGCAUAUGUUCUUCUGGACCAGAUUUUGAUAAAUAUAUUUCCAGAACUUACAGUUUAACUUGUAUGCAUAUGAAAUAUACAUACACUACUCGUCAAAAAGAUUAGAUAGUUACUUUUAAUUUCUCAAUGACGCAUGUAAAGUUUUUCAUCUGUAUUGUUUAAUAUUAAAACAUUAUGAGCUCAGGAUAUGCGGUUUGUUGAAAAUAAUUAAAAAUCUUAUGAGUUUUAGUGUGUAACAAAAAAAAAAAUGCUUUAUUUUAAGGACGAAAUGAUAGCACAUGUACAAUAAGAAAAUAAUAAUCAACAUAAAUUAUAACUAACCAUAAUUACUUAUCAAACAGAUAUACUUAUUUAAUAAUGGGUACAUCCCCCUUUAUUUUCUAUUACUUCUAUUAUACGAUUUGGUAUCGAUUUAUAUAGUUUGUGACUGUAAUUUUGGCUUAACGUAUCCCAUUCGCGCACAAUUGCAUUUUUUAAUUCUUGAUGCCUGCGCAAACCAUCACGCUGCCUCCUCCCAUUUGUCGCCGAAUUGCUGACAUUGUCUCUUUUCUUGUGUCAUGAAAAUAAUAUUUUAUCCCAUCAGGACCAUCCAAGUUGAAUCUUUUUCAUCUGAAAAUGGUACCCUUCUCCAUUUCUCUUUCCAAUGCAUUCUUUCUUUUGCAAAGUGUAAACGUUCUACUUCGUGUUUCGUUGUUAACGAAGGUUUCUGUUCCAAUUUUAACCUCUUAAUAUUUUUGCAGGGUAGUAGAACUCAACGAACACUUGAAACACUGGCACUAAUACUAGAUUUUUCCAUUAUUUGCUUCGUUGUUAACUGCGAGUUGGAAGCUACACGCAAAAUUGCUCGCUUAUCACGAUCGGAUAACGAUGAUGGCCGAUCAGUACUUUUUGCCAUAAUCUUCAACAUUUUUUUAAGAAAUUGUGUAUUACUCUACGACUUCAUCUUAUUACUUUCGAUAUUUUUGUUACUGAUAACUGUUGCUGUUUUAGUUCAAGAAUUUGUUUUUUUUUUCAGACUCGUUUAAUUUUUUUCUGCGUUCUACAUACUUAGAAAUUUAUAUAAUAUUGUACUGUAAUCUUUACUCGUUGAUAGAUCAUGAACUACUAAGCAAUUUCUAAACAUAUUAACAAAGUGUGUUAUCAUUUCGACCUUAGUAUGGAAAAGUUUUUCUUUGUUACACACUAAACCUCAUAAUAUUUUUAAUUAUUUUCAACGAACCGCAUAUUCUGAGCUCAUAAUGUUUUGAUAUUAUACGUUACAGACGAAAAGCUUUACACGCAUCAUUGAGAAAUUCAAGAUAACACACCUGGGUUAUCUUUUUGACGAGGAGUGUAUAUAACGAGUAUAUAUAAUAUAUAAUUAAUGUGGAGAUUUUGAAGAUUAUAAUGUUACAUAACUAGUCAUGAAAAACUAAUUCAAAAAGAUGUGUAAAAUAUAUAAGGUAGUUUAUAAAAUAGCAGUAAUAAUUUUUUAUGAAAUUAUUGUACUGUAAAUAUAUGUAAUGUUCCUAGGCUAUAUCAGAUUUUGUCUAACAGUCUGUUACUUUUUUAGUCCUACUGUGCACUUCUGUAAAACGGCAUAAAUAAACAUAUAAAUAUUAGUCUAGGCUAGAAUACCCCCUUAACUAAACAAAUUAUACAUACAUAAUAUAAAUAUACAUUUAAAAAUUCAAAUAAAAACUAAAUUAAACAUA